GUUCCCACAUAUGUGACAAUUAGUGGGGGGCCCAUAAUACAACCAGGCACAGGGGCCCAAAAGUUAAUAAUCCGUCCAUGGACAUGCUGUAAUAGUCUGGCCACACCCACCUGGAUCUCCCUUCUGGGAGAUACUAGUCUGGAACACCAUAAUUCACUAACGUUUCCAUCGUUUCCAGAUAAGCUGCCAAAUCAGCGACUAUAGUUAUAGUUAUAGUGCUAUAGUUUUGAAAUCGAAAGUGGCUGUGGUAAAUGGUAGUGAUAGAAAUGCAUGGGGUUUAGUUCAUAAUGCCAAUAUGGCAGUUGUCUACACAUAUCCCGCCCCUUCCGCAGCCAAAAGUUAACAUGUGAAUACAUCACGGCAAUCAUGUUGUGUGUUGUGAAUACAUCGGACCAAUCAUGUGUUGUGAUCUCUCCGCUUGAGCGACUUUGGUGUUGUAAAGCCUUGCGCGCAGUUCUGCCUGAAAUAGCAAUAGUGUGUUGCAAUAUGGCCGCUGAGUGGAAGGACUUGCCUAAAGGGACUUUGCACUUACCUUCAAAAGUCAUUUUAAACGUUACCAUGUUUGCUGUUGGUAUGUAUCAGCAUGAAGUAGGUAGAAACCAGGAGCUCUGCGUGUUGAUUGGCCGUCUGGAGGAGAGGGAGGCGGAGACUGAGAGGAGUCUGACAGAGCAUGUGCAGUCAAACCGACAGCUGACGCUGAAGAUUGAAGAACUACAGAAACUCCUAGAGGAAAAAGACAACUCACUCACACAAGCCAAUCAGACUGUGGCUCUCCUGAAGAUUGAACUAAGGGAUGUUCAAAGCCAGCAGAGUAAUCAUAGGCCAGUUCAGGAAGUAAAGGAAUGGCUGCAGGGUGGGGAGAGCCAGCUCAAGCAAAUGAAGACUCCCAGCUCUCCUCUCCAGUCAGACCAGCUGAGACCAGUUGAGGAGACACUGCUCUGGUCAGAACCGCUGAUCUCUACUAACAUCCAGAGUUCGCUGGUCUCUUCUCAGGAGCCGAGUCCACUGCUGUCAUCCGAUGAAGAAAAUCCACUGGUCCUGUCUAAUGCUAAAAGUCAGCUAGUCUUGUUUGAUGGUCAGCCGUCUCAGUUGCUGGUCUGGACCGACUCUCAGGAUCCAGUCUCGGGGAUUAAAAAGGAAGAGGGCAGCGAUAGAGAUGGAGAUUACAGGCAAUCUGUAGAGGGAACUGAUCCUAGAACAGAACAGACCAUUUCUUCAGCUGCAGAUAUUAAACCUGUACUGCUGCAGGGACAAGAGAAGUCCAACAUGGCUCCAGUCCUGUGUUCCAAAACAGAUCUGUCCCCUUCAGACCAACAAGCUCUGGUCCAGUUAAGGACUGUAUCCGUGGUGCUGGUGGACUGUUGUAGAACACUGGGCCAGCAAAAGACAGACGACAGCAACAGAAAGCAGCCCAACACUCAAGCAUCAUCCUCGGAGACCCCAGCAUUGCCCUCCAUGUCACAUACAGAGACAGAGAAAUCCAAAAAACACUCCUGUUCUGUGUGUGGUAGAAACUUCCACUUCCGGUCUCAGCUCAGGAAACAUCAUUAUGGCCACACAGGUAAGAGGCCACACUACUGCUCCUUGUGUGGUAGGGGAUUCACUUCACUUAGCGAUCUCAAAGCGCAUCAGCGGAUUCACACUGGAGAAAGGCCUUAUUCAUGCCCCCAGUGUGGCAAGAGUUUUGGGCAACGAGCCCAUCUGAAAGUCCAUCAGCACAUUCACACAGAAGAGAGGCCAUUCCUGUGCACUGACUGUGGUAAGAAGUUUACCUGUAAAGGAAGUCUCAAAAUACACCAGCGCACUCACACUGGAGAAAGGCCAUUCCUGUGCACUGACUGUGGUAAGAAGUUUACCCGUAAAGGAAAUCUCAAAAUACACCAGCGCACUCACACAGGAGAGAGGCCGUACCACUGUGAUCAGUGUGGCAAGAGCUUCUAUGCAGGGGACAAGCUCAUAAUACACCAGCGGAUUCACACAGGAGAGAGGCCAUUCCAGUGCACUGAUUGUGUUAAGAAGUUUACCUGUAAAGGAGAUCUCAGAAAACACUUGCGCAUUCACACAGGAGAGAGGCCAUUCUGUUGCAAUCAGUGUGGCAAGAGCUUCACUCAAGGGUGCCAUCUCAAAAAGCACCAGCGCAUUCACACAGGAGAGAGGCCAUUCUGUUGCAAUCAGUGUGGCAAGAGCUUCACUCAAGGGGAGGCUCUGAAAACACACCAGCGCAUUCACACAAGAGAGAGAGGCCGUAGCGCUGCGAUCAGUGUGGCAAAAGCUUCAGAAUCUGAAAACACACCAGCACAUUCACACAGGAGAGAGGCCACAUUUUUGCACUCAGUGUGGCAAUAGAUAGAUAGAUAGAUAGAUAGAUAGAUAGAUAGGUAGAUAGAUACUUUAUUGAUCCCCAGGGGAAAUUCAAGGAAAUAGUAAUUCUACUCUUCAAUGUCUAAAAAAACACCAGUGUAAACAUUCCGGACAGAAUAUGUAGACUUGCCCUGAGAUAUUCUAUUUCAAGUUCUGUGUUCCAGUUUUUCAACAGUUGUGUUUCUCCAUGUGUGUAGUCUGAUGUUUCUAUUAAAAGAUGUGUAUGAAUGUGUUGGGAGUUAUUGCGUAUUUCAUGCCAAUGCAUUAUUCCUCUAGGUGUGGUAGCUUGUAUAUAUUUUGUGGAGAGUUUUGCACAUUGCUGAAUGUGUGUCAUAUGUUUGUGUUAUAGUAUCCCAGAAAUUCUGAACCCAGAUCUGAGCCUUGACAUUUGGAGUCUAUUAAUUUAGCUUUGGGACACACAUACACAUAAACACACACUCACUUUGAAGCUAUUUAUUGAGCAUAGGCAUUCUUUUCCCAGCCAACAGCCAGACAUAACAUUGAGAUCUGGCCUGAUGAACAUGGCCAAGGAGAGAGGGGGCCCUAAUUUCAGUGCUGUGCAAAUUCAGUCUAUGAGCAAAGUUCUUGUAAAUGAACCAACAGCAUUAUGUUUGUAUUUAGGAUCUUUCUCAUGGUAUUACAUUUGCAAAUAGAUAUGGCUUAGUUAUUAAGCAGGCUUCAGUUAGAAUGGCCAGCAUUUAAAGUAGCGCCCACAGUAUCACUCACAGCAAUCAGCAUUGUACUCCAUGGUUUUGGAUGGUACCUUGGAAUUUCUUUGGUAUGUUAUCUGGCCGUACCCCAGCAACAUUGUGGCCUUGACCAGAGAGAGUCUACCAUGGUGAAACAACAUGUGCACUGGGCAUGUCAUGUCUAUGUAGUACAGUUGCCUGUUGGCAUACAAUAAAUGCUUUUCUUUCUCCCUUUUUCUAUUUGUAUAUUAUAUGUACAUUGAUUUCUGUACAACAAGGUGUGUGUACAUUGGGAGUCACUGGGUAUUUCAGUGUUCAAGGUUAUACACUGGUAUAUUCUGAUGGGGUGUGUUUGUGUGAUAUGGGUUUUUUGGUACACACUUUUUAUUUGGUGGGUAACAACAUAUAUGAAAGGCAUUGUUACAAUACAGAUACACAAACCCAAACAUACCUCCCAACCCUACCACAUGGGAUACAACACAACUAUCAAUGUAGCACAGUCAGUAUAGAACAGUCCACUUAGUUUUUUAGUUUGUAUUGUCCGAGGAGUAGCGCCAUUAAUCUUGGCAGAAGAAAGUUCAAGAAAAAGAAUCUCUAAGAAUGUAUUCAGCCAAUGCUUAUGGGCUAAGUUGUGGGGUGGAACCCAAACUUGAAUAAUGAUCUUUGUAGACCUUUCAUUCAUGCAUUCAAGUUUAGAGUCAUCAUUGAGAAGGUGUAAAACAGGAUCCAUAGGAAGCUGAAUAUCAAUGAGAUCAGACAAUGAAUGUAACACCUUAUUCCAAAAAUCAUAAAUCUUAGGGCAGUCCCACAUUAUAUGCAUAAAAGUCCCCAAAGCAUUUUGUGAGCACAAAGCACAAAAUGGAUGCGGAGUGUCUGACUUUAUUAAGAUAAGCUCUAUGAGAUAUCUUCAUAUGAAUAGACUGAUGAUUAGGGUUUUGAGAGGAGGUGUGAUAUGGGUUUACUCAUUUAUAUAACCUAUUGAUGCACAAUGUAAUUUUUUGACCAAUGCUGCUGGGCAAUGUCCUGAGAUUUGUUGUCUUGGCACAUUCACGUUAAUGUUGAGCAACAUUUUUUUAAUGAAUUAGAGUUAGAGAAUUAUCAGUAGGCAAAUUAUCACCAGUAAGAUAUCAUGAUCAAACAACAAAAAAAUAAACCAGAGGGAACAUGUUGCUCAGAAAUUUGCUAAAAAAAAUCCCCCAAAAGUUCCCCCAUGUAUAUCACCUUAAGAAUGCAUAGCCUACACAGAGGGGAAACCAUAUUCACAGGUCACACACAGACUUGUAAUCAUUAGAAGACGCACAACAACAACAUUAAUGAACAUUUUGUGUAAUGAUUCACAGCAAAUUAAUAAACUGAAUAUGGUGGUCCAAGAGCCAUGCACCAUGCACCGGUCCAUGCAUCAACCCGACUGAGCAGUAAUGACAGCAUAGGAUGACAGUCAGGUACGAAGCACUGCACCAUGUUGAAAUAAACGUGUAAAAUACCAAAUGAUAAAUAUAAAAUUAAAUAUCAAAACACUAUUAUUUACACGAUUACUCCUGAAAUAACUGCUAUUAACUGCACAUUCACUAUAUAAAAAUCACUGUUUGAAGGAAAGGGAUUGCGUGCUGUCGCCGGUUGGAAAUUGUUCAAAUGGCAAUUUGCGUCGGUUCUACCUUGCUUAUAUUAUUCAGGGAGGCGCGGUGUUUUAUGCGAUGAGUAGUUCCUUCGCUCGGAAAUUAAAAUAUGUACACAGUCUUGUACCUUUGACUUUUUUUUUAUUUUCUCUUCGUUUUUUCACUCGAAAUGAUAUGUUGUAUGCUUAUGAGUUAUGCCGUAGCUGGUUAGCCUAAGACAUGCUGUUAAUCUCUUUAGAUACGGACUUUUCCAUAACGUCAAUGGGACAAAUGAAUGGGAAUCAUACUUCCGGCACCUAACCGCAUUUCGGCUGUGGGCGGGACUGUGAUGCUCUAUGCUGUGUAAAUUGACCUCAAUGAGUCUCGUAGCUCUACGUAAUGACGUGUAACGUGAAAUCGCGCAUGGAUGUGGAUGUCUCCGUCCUGCAGGCUGUAGCAGAGCUCUCUCAACUCCGCUGUCAUGUGUGUACUUAAUAAACAAACGUGUCCUUGAUGUCCCCGGUAUAACGUUAUUGUCGGGCCCACACAAGGACAUCCUUAUAGGAUGUCUUUGAAAUGACCAAAUGCGAAUGUCAUCCGAGGGACCUGACGGUGACGUCCCCAGAAAGUCCUGCACCAGACGUCGCGCAAUAACCAAAGGAUAACUUGCUCCAGACGUCAAUAAAGUCACCGGAACGUCCGCUAGAGAACAUGACGUUGGGGACCAAUCGGGACGUAGUGAAUGUCCGCAUUAGAUCCGGGGGACGUCCUGUGUUUGUCGGGAAGUGUUAUGCAAUUUGGUGUUGAUGUUGUAGCCUAGGCUUACUGUCAAACAAAGGCGGUGUAACGUUUAGGUCCUUUGACUAUUUCAUUAAUGUCAUUAGGACUGGCUAUUUUAUGCCUCAGAAGACCAUAUUGGUAGGCCUACUUAUUUGUAGUAUCAUAUUGGAUAUGAAAUGAUCUGCUCUGCAAUGUGUAUCAUUUUGAUUGUUGUUAGCCUAGUCUAUAGCCUGUGCAAGAUUUAUUGUAUACUGAGACAAAUAUC